UUUUUGUUUUUGUUUUGAGAUCUGCAAGAAAGCAGAUAUUUACCCACAAAGAAAGAUUACAGAAUAUAAGCCCAAAAAAACAAAAAAGGAGAGAGAGAGAUACGACAGAUACAAGCACAUAAAGUGCUCUCUCUCUCAUCUCCUUUUCUUGUCACAGAUCCAUUUUGUGAUUCCUUUUGGUGGGUUAAAUUGGAUUGCUGCUCUUUGCUAGGGAUUUGCUUGGAUAAAUACUAAAUCCAUUCAAGACCCUUGGCUGCACAAGGCUAAUUGAAUCUUGUUAUUGAGAGACUACUGUGCCCUCCAACUGCACUAUGUUCUGCUGCGGUGCCGGGGAGGAGGAGAGCGCCGGACCGCCUGCAAACCAAUACACUGCACCACCGCAAGGGGGAAGUCAGUAUGGUGGUGGAAUUGGAAGAGGAGAGCCAAGGAGUUCUGCAGUUCCAAGAAGUGGGGCUCCUAAGAAGGUUUUACCCAUAGAGACACCGGCUUUGUCUCUGGCUGAGUUAAAUCGGCUCACUGGAAACUUCGGAUCGAAAGCUUUGAUCGGAGAAGGCUCGUAUGGAAGGGUCUUCUAUGCAAAACUAAGCAGUGGUCAGCAGGCAGCAAUAAAGAAGUUGGACACCAGUUCUUCACCAGAGCCAGACGAUGAUUUCACAGCCCAGUUAUCAGUAGUGUCAAGGCUGAAGAAUGAGCAUUUUGUGGAGUUGAUUGGGUAUUGCUUGGAGGCAGAUAACUGGAUCUUGGUGUAUCAAUAUGCCACCAAGGGUUCUUUGCAUGACAUAUUACACGGGAGGAAAGGUGUACAAGGGGCUGAACCAGGACCAGUACUUACUUGGAACCAGAGAGUUAAAAUUGCUUACGGGGCAGCAAGAGGCCUUGAGUUUCUGCACGAGAAGGUUCAGCCUCCAAUCGUUCAUAGGGACAUCAGAUCCAGCAACGUCCUUGUGUUCGACGAUUUCUUGUCCAAAGUAGCAGAUUUCAACUUGACAAACCAGUCUUCCGAUACUGCGGCUCGGCUGCAUUCCACCAGAGUGUUGGGCACUUUUGGUUAUCAUGCUCCGGAGUAUGCCAUGACAGGGCAGAUAACUCAGAAAAGCGAUGUUUAUAGUUUUGGAGUUGUUCUUUUAGAGCUUUUAACAGGGAGGAAGCCAGUGGACCAUACAAUGCCUAAAGGACAGCAGAGUCUUGUUACUUGGGCGACUCCUAGAUUGAGUGAGGAUAAAGUGAAGCAAUGUGUGGAUCCCAAGCUAAAUAAUGAUUACCCACCAAAAGCCAUUGCUAAGAUGGCAGCUGUUGCAGCGCUAUGUGUUCAAUAUGAAGCAGACUUCCGGCCAAACAUGACCAUUGUUGUCAAGGCUCUCCAGCCACUACUUAACUCGAAACCAGCAGGCCCUGAAUCUCAGGCAUAGAACAUUUGAACUCCAAAGCACUAGGACCAAACUCGCGCAUCUCUAGAGUCUCUCUCUCUCUCCUCUCCACUGUUUGAUAAUUCUUAUGUUUUUUCUUCCACUUUAAUUAAGCCAGUUACAACCAUUAUCUGGUUCAGGAAUUGAUUUUAUCUGAUUCUGUUUUCUCCUGGACUACAUCUUGUGUUAAGUAGAUACAUUUUUUGAACUCAUUGAAAGAAAA